GAAGAGGCUUUCAUCGUCACAUGGGAAUCCACCUUGUUCAUGGAAGUCGUCAUUGUGCACUCUGGCUCAAGCACGAAGUCUAGAGCGGCCUCUGCCAAGGAGACCUCCAAUUGUUGUCUCAUUGCGGAAGGGGAUUCCCUUCUCGACUUCCAUCCGACGACACGAUGAGAAAAGGUACGGGCAUCGUCUCUUUUUCUUGGUUUCAAAGUUGUUCCGAAUUCAAAGCUUGCUCUUCUUCUAGGGAGAAGACAACGCCCACCAAAAGACCUCUUCUCAAGGCCUUGACCCAGAUCACUCCUCACGAGAACAUCUACACGGUCCCGAACAUUCUCACCUUUUCACGCCUUGUGGCGGCGCCGGUCAUCGGCUAUCUCGUCCUCCAUGAUUACCAUGCUUGGGCAGUAGGCUUGUUUGCCUACGCUGGAAUUACAGAUCUUGUCGAUGGCUACAUAGCUAGGCGAUGGAAUCUUCAGACCGUUGUUGGAACGGUCAUUGAUCCCAUGGCUGACAAGACGCUGAUGACCAUCUUGACUGUUUGCCUCGCUAUCAAAGGGGCUCUUCCUGUCUGGCUUGCAGCUAUCAUCCUUGGCCGUGAUGUUGGUCUGGGAAUAGCAGCUAUCUAUUAUCGCUGGAUCUCACUCCCUCCUCCAAAGACUUUCGCUCGGUACUGGGACUUCUCGCUCCCAUCGGCCGAGGUCCAUCCAACUACAAUUAGUAAAUACAAUACAGCCCUACAGCUAGCAUUGAUUGGGGCAGCUACGGCAAUGCCGUUGUUGACGGUGGACGUUAGUGUGGCGAUGACAGCCAUGCAAUACUUAGUCGCUACGACGACAGUGUGGAGUGGUGCAAGCUAUAUAUACACGAAGGACGCGGUCAAGAUUUUGAAUCAGGAGCAACAGCAAGGGAAGGACGAAAAUUUGGGAGAUCGGAAAUGAUCAUCGUGCCAUAGGUAAAACACGGUGUACUGAAAAUGGUUGUAUGAUACAUAUUUCAGAUGUGAUAUAAUGUACAAUCUUAUCUUAUGUAAAGGUUCACCAGGCUGCGACCGAAGCCGCAUAGACCUGCCUACAGAUGUCUCUGGUAACA